ACUUCCGGAUAUGAGAUUCGAGCAGAGCUAUCUGAAAAGCAUUGAACAAGCGCAAGGAUGGCAGGGUGUCACAUACAUCACGAUACGAGAUCAGGUAUAUACGGAAGACGCCCAGAGAUCCAAGUGUAAGCUAACAGCAGACGUCAGGUACUUCUACCUCUUGUACAAGGCCUGGGCUGGCAAUUGAUUCUUUCUGGUUGGAG